AGGGAUCCGAAUGUUGGACCAGCCUUACAUGACUGACCUGAUCGAGGCCAAUUCCAUGGGCCACGAACCGCAUCUCAUUGACAUCUAUUCAGCAUCUUGGGGGCCAACAGAUGAUGGGAAAACUGUGGAUGGUCCAAGAAACGCCACAAUGAGAGCCAUUGUUCGUGGUGUCAAUGAGGGUCGGCGAGGAUUGGGCAACAUUUACGUGUGGGCCAGUGGGGACGGCGGCGAAGACGACGACUGCAACUGCGACGGCUACGCGGCGUCCAUG